AUGUCCAUGCUGUACAUCCAACCGGCGACUACGACGACGAGCGUGACCGGCAACGGCGGCAGCUGUAUCGUUACGAGCUCCGCACAGGCGCACCCGGUCGUCCAGGCCCAAUCGCCGCAGCACCAACAACCCCAACAGAUCGCUCCGGCCUUCGACCAUCAGAUCUUACUCCAGGGUAUUGCUCAAAGCAGUUCAACCCAAAUCCCAGCACAAUUGUUUACUAUUCGAAGACAAGUCAAUCCAGUAACUUCACCAUCUGCAUCUCAGGCUGAGAAAAAUAUUUUAAUACGCAAGACAAAUGCCUCCAAUGCCCAGAUAAUGCCAAUUGGUAUUUCAGAAGCUCAGGCUCAAAAUCAAGCUGGAAAUAAACCAAAAGUGACUUAUCUACACACCAUUAUAAAACCCAAACCACAAGAUUCAGUACUUCUGUCUCCAGCAGGGCCCCUAAAUGCAGCUCAGAACAUAAAGCAAAAAGUGGUAUUUGCUCCAGUGUAUUCACAAAUACCGACAAGCAGCACCUCGAGUAGCUUACAAAGUCCACCUCCUAAACAUAUGACUAAUCUUUUAUUGCCAGUCAGCAUCAAUCAGCCGAGUAUCCCAGCUGCCUCUAAGCAAAAUAUAAAUAUAAAAUCAAAUUUUACUUUAAAAUUGAAUAAUGGGCAGGCCAGCAAUGAACCAAAAAAUGCAAUAACAGUUUUACGUGAAUCCAAAACAUCAAACGGCACGACGAACCCACCGCCGCUUCAUCCGAUCGCAAAUAUGAGUUUGAUUAACGCAUCGAAAACCGGCCACAGUUCUACUGAUGGUGUAAAAAUCAACGAAAACCCGGAUUCUGCCGUGAUCACGCCGAUCCCGAAGAAAGACGAAUCAAUCUCCAAUUCUUCUGAGAAGCGAAAGAGACCGACCAGCAAUAUCCUACGCAGCGAGAAACGCAUGAGAAAACAGAGCUUUACCAAGACCAACCAGGAUCUUAACGUAGUCGACGUGUCCAACUAUGCUCUAAAUAGUUCAGAGUCCGAGCACGAGAAGGACAAAAGAAAGGACAAAGAAAGUGACGACGAUAUCACGCUGAUUAAAGUUGUUCCUAGCGAAGAUAAGCGGAUGAAACGUCUCUCGAUGUCCGAUGAAGUUAAGAUCGAAGUUGUUAGGGGAUUAAAUCGAAACGGAGUCGAAGUGAUAGAGAAAAUCGAAAGAGUAAAUGGAAAGAGCAGUAGCGAUGAUGCUAGAGACCAAAAGAAGAGCGACAUUACGUAUCCAGAAGAAACUUCUCAGAUUUUGCACUGGGACGAUGGUAUUGGCACCUUGAUUGGAACUUCGCUUAAGUUUCGUAUGAAUGAAUUUGGAUAUGUACAAUGUUUGGAGGAUGACAAAAAAGGCAAAAGCAAAAAUUUUGGUGACAAAGAAAAUGUUUACUUGACCCAGAAUUCCAAGUCGGGCACGUCAACGAUAGUUAAAACGGAGGAAAGUAAGUCGCAAAAUCCCACGCAGGACGACAAAACUUUUUGUCAUUGUCAAGGCUGCGGUUGCCACGGACCGAUUUCUGACUUUUACAAUCACGUUGCCUGCAGUUCAGACUGUGCUCAGUAUAUCGAAAUGAAGCAGCAAAAAAUACGCAAAGACAAGGAAUCGAAGCAAGAGAUACGUGCUAAGAAAAAACGCAAAAAGUUGCUCGAGCAAGCUUCAAAGGAAGAAGAAGAGAAGGCAGCAAAAGUAUCUAAUUCAAAGUUAAAAUAUUCACACGAGAAGUUAAGAGACAGCGAUGAAAAGUUUGAUAAAUUUCAUAUGAAAGAAAAGUCCAUAUCUGAUGAAGAUACAAAAGAUACAAACACAUCUAUGAUAGAUGAAGAAAGCCCAGAAGAAUCUGAAGCCAAGUAUCCCUGGCUGACUGGAAAGAACAAAUUCUCGUGGUUAAAGUACCUGGAAUUCACCAAGGCCAAAGCGGCACCUACAAAAUUGUUCAAAGAUGCUUUUCCUGAGGGAAAAAACAACUUUAAAGUGGGAAUGAAAUUAGAAGGCAUAGAUCCCAAUCAUCCAUCAGAUUACUGCGUCUUGUCAAUCGCCGAAGUAAUUGGUUACCGUAUUCGGCUUCACUUUGACGGCUAUCCCGAAAAUUUUGAUUUUUGGGUUAAUGCUGAUUGUAUGGAUAUAUUUCCAGUCGGCUGGGCUGAAAAAAAUGGUCGGCAGAUACAUCCUCCAAAAGGAUAUAAUCAAAGUAACUUUAAUUGGAACACUUAUCUUAAAACUUGCAAAGCCCAAGCAGCUCCAAAGACUAUGUUUGCCAACAAAAACGCAACGGUUCUUACUGGUUUUCGCGUUGGUAUGAAGCUCGAGGCUGUAGAUCGCAAGCACUCAUCUCUUGUGUGCGUGGCAAGUGUAGCCGAUGUUUUAGAUUCGAGGAUACUUGUACACUUUGACUCUUGGGACGAUAUAUACGACUAUUGGGCGGAUGUCAGCUCUCCUUAUAUCCACCCAGUUGGUUGGUGCCACCAUAAUGGUCGGAGCUUGACACCACCUAAUUAUUAUAAAGACGCCAAAGCAUUUUCGUGGGACGAGUAUUUAAAGUCCACCAAUUCCAUUGCGGCGCCAGCCAGAGCGUUCAAACAACGAACGCCCUGUGGAUUUAAACGUGGCAUGAAGCUUGAAGCCGUCGACAAGAGACUGCCUCAGCUUAUCCGUGUAACCACUGUUGAAGAUGUCAAGGAUCACUUGUUGAAAAUCAGGUUUGAUGGUUGGCCCGAAAGUCAUGGCUAUUGGGUCGAUGAUGACUCGCCGGAUAUCCAUCCUAUGGGAUGGUGCUCCAAGACUGGCCACCCAUUAGAGCCUCCAAUAACUCAAGACAAUCUCACUAAUCGUCCGGAAUGUGGUACCUUUGGCUGUCGAGGCAUUGGACACGUAAAAGGUCCCAAGUUUGCAACACAUAAUUCAGCAUCAGGUUGCCCCUACUCACCUCAGAAUGUUGCCAGACCUAAGACGAUGAAGGACAGACUGAAUAUUAAACAUGAAGUAAAUGAUUUCGAGGAUGAAGGUAACGUGGAAAGAAAUAGGUUUGAAAAAGUAGAGAGAAACAAGUCGGAAAGAUUGGAAAAACGGUUCCCAUCAUUUGAAGAGAAGCUUAUUAAAACUGAAAAUAUUAAACAAGAAGUCGACUAUAUGUCGGAUAAAAACGAAAAACUGUACAUAACUGACAGAUUCAGGAACAAAUGGCAUAAUAAUAGCGAUGGUCAAUCUGACGAGGAAGAAUGCACCAGGAAACGAAAGAAAAGGAAAAAUAAAAACGAAUCCAAUAAUCUUUCUUUUCUCAACUCAAGCAACGACAGUCGAGCCUAUGCUUUAAAUAUACCGGAAAAACAAUUCAGAACAGAAAUAUAUCAGUCUGUGUACCAUCCAGGGUACAAUCCUACUCCGCCAGAUACACAGCAGUUGUGGGCAAAGCACAGCGGUGCAUUAAACAAAGUAGUUGCAAAACAGACUACUAAUCCACUGAGAUGGUCCAAUGAGGAGGUUGUCAAGUUUGUUCAGAGUUUGCCCAACUGCAAAGACCUUGGAAAUAUUUUUAGACAGCACAAUGUUGAUGGCGAUGCAUUCAUGGCUCUAUCACAAGACGAUCUGGUAUCUCAUAUUGGAUUAAAACUUGGACCUGCCAUUAAAGUAUACAACAGUAUUUAUCUAUUGCGCAAGAAAGUUACGUGAAAGGUUUAUAUUAGUAAUAGGUUUAUGGACUUUAAUAGUAUUGUCAAAGUGAUGAGCAAAAAAAGAUUUUUACACAACGCUGACGAAAGGUUAUUUUUUAUUUUUCUUUUUUUUUAAAGUACCGUUUGUUGGAGUACCGUAUGAUUUUUUUUUUUUUUUUUUAAUAUUAAGGACAUUUAUACUGUCCUUGAAAAGUCAGUAAUUGUAAAUCAAUCAUGGACUCAAGUGUCAUAAGUUAUAUACAUACAUGUUGUGAUUUCGUAUAAGAGUGCGUACUUGUAAUUUCGUUUCUUCAUUACUUUUGUUGAAGCCAAAACAUACAGGAUCAUGUACAUAUGUAAAUAUGUUGCAUAAAUAAUUAUUUUAAGUUU